UCUAUGGUUGGUUCGGUAUUUUAUUUCAUUAACUUCGGCCACUUCGAAAACUUAAGCUAGUGGGCUCGACUUUUUGACAAUUUAAAGCGAACUACCGAUGAAUGAGCAUUCUCUCGCCGUUAAUUAAAUCAUCACUCCAAAAAUCCAACCCAACUCUAUCCUGGGCAUGGUGUCAUGUGUUUUCAGGCCCUAACAGCUGGUGAACUGAGUUAAAUUUUUCAACAAACAAAAAAGCAACCAUCACCCGAGAACCAUGACGGCGGAGCGAUCCGGACACGUUUCCUUCAAAGUCCAAGACGACAAAAUCAAUGACGAAGAUGAUGAUGUCGCCAUGGAUAUACCAUCGGUGAAUAAGCGGCUUGGACAGCUGCGUCCAUCCAGAGAACUUUUGGAGUAUUAUCGGAAGAAGAUAGCUGAGUUUGAUGGGGAGCAUGAGGACAUGCUGAGUAGACUUGAACAGUACAAGAUGACCUAUGAACAGCAGCACAAGUUGGAGUGGGAACUAAGACAGCGUGAAGAAGAGAUUGCAGAGUUACAGAAGGCCCUGAGUGAUAUGCAAGUGUACCUCUUCCAAGAGAGGGACCACGUCCUAAGACUCUUUGCUGAGAACGACCGACUCAAGAUACAGGAACUUGAGGACAGAAAGAGAAUCCAGCAUCUGCUGUCACUUUCAGGCCCAGCAGGUCCUGAAGUAACCUACUUCCAUAAAGAGCCUCCUGCAAGAGCCAUUGUCAAACAGAAACACCCACAGAAGAGAUACCCAAACACAGAAAAUGAAAAAUUGGGUUUAAAAGCUGAAGUGCCCCUCAGGCCUCAGGGCAACAGGGCGAGGAGAGAGGCCCAGGAUAGGUUAGCUGCUAAGUCGACCACAGCUAAACAGCGUCCGUACAGUGCCAAACCAAAAGCUGUCCCCUCGGACGCCACAAACAACGCCGAUCAUCAGGCAGAUGCAGAGAUCCUGAUGCUACAGAUAGAAGCCUUACAGUCCCAGAUGAAGGAGCAAACGGAGGCAGCUAGAGAGCAGACGGAAUCAUUGAUGGAGGAUCGGAGAGUUCGCAUCGAAGAGAUGCAGACGAUCAUCGAGAGGGAUCGCAGCAAGAUACAGUCCCUCAAUGAAAAAUUACACCGCACACAACUGAUGUUAUACGACAGCACCAAAGACUACUUGGAGCUAAAGUAUGAAGGGCGGUCUCACGAGAGAGGAUGGAUGGCCGAGAAGGACCAUCUACUCCAAGAACUUGACCACUGUAAGGAGCAGCUGAACGUCUCGAAAGACGAUGUCCUGGUCAUCUCGGAUCAUGUCGUGGAGCAGCACCAGACGCAGAACAUGGAAAUAGAGUCAUUAGAGAACCAGGUACAGCAGGCUCAGAAGCUAGCGGACAUGUAUCGUGAGCAGGUAAUCGGACUUGAGGAUGAACUGGCCCGCAUCAGGGAGAGAGAUGACGUCAGUAAAGACGCUUACAAGGACAAGGUUGCCAAGCUUGCCAAGCGACUUCACCUGAUGAACCAACGGUAUGAGGCACUGGAGAAGAGACGCAAUCUGGAGAUUGAAGGCUUCAAGAACGAUACUCGAAUCCUUAGGACUCGCCUCAAGGAAGUGGAAAAGCAACUUUAUAAGGUAACUGUCGGCGUGGGAGAAGAUGGCGACAUGUUCAUGCUUCAUGACGUUCAUCAGACGACCAAACGAUCAAAGAAAAUGCAGAGCGAACUUCACCAACUAAAGGCCCUCAUAUACGGCAUGGAAACAGACCUUAGACACUUGUGAUGACCCUUGCACAUAAACACUGCCCUCUAGUGGUGAACAAUAGACAGGUCUAAUGAGUCUGGCCAGGCCAGUUUAAACUGUUCCAACCUUGACACUCGAUGCUUUGUUUUUUGGAUGAGGAGAGUCCUUCCUUUCGAUAGCAAACAGAGCCUAAUUUCAUGUCUGCGCUUACGGCCAAUUGAUUCACAUGCUUUACAGAGCACUGCAAGCAUAGAAAAGGCUUUUCAAACACCGUCAUGUGAAAUACAUUUGUACAGGAUUGGCACUAAACAGUGUGAUAACGAGAGAUUCCUUAAACACGCCUUGAAAUAACCAUAAGCACCCAUAGCAAUGCCCUUUUCAAAGUUCCAAUAUAAAUUUACAUUUUCGACACAGAAGUGCCCCAUUACCAGAGGGAAAUUUAUGUGCCCCAUCUGAUGACUUGGCUCUCACAUGCACAAGGGCUGCUUUGGUAUAAAAAAAGGCCAAGGAAGUUGUUUUAUCCAUCUUUAAACAAAAUACAUGAAUCAUUUUGAUGUAGUUUAGACAUGCUUGUUGAUGAAAUUUUGUAAUAAGUUUUUACACCUGAGGGUAUUAAAAAAAAAACGUUUUGUAAAUAAAAAAAUGUAGCUUUUAUAAACCAAUUCAAAUCUUUUCUUGUACUUUUUACCAUAUCUUUUUUGUACAUAAAAAUAACCAUGAUUAUAGAAGAUGUUAAGCAAGAUGUUAAGCUUUGCAUUGUGUGAAAAGUAAGACGAAACUACUAAGAAAGAACCUAUCAAUCCACUUCCAUUUGGUUUAGGGUGCUAAGAUAUUUAGCUUCAGAUUUUGAUGACCUACAACAAAAAAGACACACUGCCACAAAGCAAUAUUAUGUAACUCUCUUUCUGUGUUAUUCCACGCCGAGUCCAAUGAACAUUACAUACUAGUAUUAGAUACAUACAUAAAUCUUAUAUAACAUGCACUCUGUUGGGAACAGACAGCCCCUCAUGUGUCGACACCAAUUGUACAAUACUAAACAAUCACUCUGCUACCUGGCAACUCGGGUUGAUCGUCUCAACCCUAGCCUUUUGUCAAGGCCCUUCGUGGCGUAAGCAGCAAAGCGACUGGAACAGUCGCUUUGGAUCGCAGCUCUCCAAGCCACGAAAGCCUUGACACAAGGCCAUCUCAACCCCAGCUCACCCUCAACAUAAGAGCUACUGAUACAAAACUGUAAAAUGAAUGCUAUACAUUAGUCUGGCCCCAGGGCCCACAUUGUGACACUGGUGACCCUAUCAUACAUGAGUCCUCAUUCAAAGGGUUAGCACCAAACCAUGGGGCCAAUGCUUAAGGCUUUUGGCCAAUAGCCUUUUUGAGGUACGGCAAAUUCCCUAAAACCUAUAAGUGUUGUGUCCACCAUUUCUCAAAAUGGUUUCCUGAAGUGGGUAUCCACACUUGUGGAAAUAAAAUGCCAACCCCGAUGAUGGAUGCUUAAACAAAGUGCAGAAUUUCUGCUACUCUUAAUGUGUCCAAAUGCUUUUACACUUUCAACCCAAAAGCGUGUGCUAAUGUACACUGAACAGUGCAUGCGUAACAAUAUAUCAAAAUGUGUCAGAAUUUGAGAAUUUUUUUAAUUCUUCAUAAAAUAGGUCUAUAAACAGAGUGAUAAAAGUUAUUAUUACAAAUUACCGCUUUUUUACCAUCCCUUGGGAAACCAACACAAAAACUUCCCUUAAUGCAAAUAGAAAAUAUCGUCUCAUGUCUUCUCCACACACUGUUUUGUUUUAUUUAUUAAAUUGUCACAAUUUUUCUUCCGAGUCGUUCCCUGAAAUAAAUGGUGCGAAAAAGUUGGCAAGUAAUAUUCUUUGGGAUUCUUCACUCCUCUUCCAACUCUAGCGUGUAGUUGGUGUGGAAGACAGGGUGGAAUAGAAAUGC